AUGGCAAAACCUGUACUGUCUGAUCGACUUGCGAGAUGGUACCUCCAAUUUCAACAAUUCGAAAUUAUUUAUGUACCUGCGAAGGCUGUUAAAGGGCAAAUAUUGGCAGACUUUCUAGCCGAUCAUCCCAUACCUGCCGAAUGGGAGUUGACUGAUGAGCUCCUCGAUGAAGAAAUGUUUAUGAUCGAAUUCCCGUGGUCGAUGUAUUUCGAUGGAGCUACUCACCGUGAUGGAGCUGGUGCGGGAGUUGUCUUUUAUACUCCCGAAACAUAUAUAUUGCCGUACUCUUUCACUUUAACACGCCGGUGCUCAAACAAUGUGCCCGAAUAUCAGACGUUAAUUCUUGGUCUUGAAACGGCUGUAGACAUGAAGCAGUUGCAUGUUAGAGUCUAUGGUGAUUCAAAAUUGAUGGUAAAUCAACUUCUUGAUAUUUAUGAUGUCAAGAAACCUGAAUUGAUCCCAUAUUAUAAGUAUGCAAGACAACUCAUGGGAUAUUUAGAUAGUGUCACUAUAGAACAUACCCCUAGAAAUUUCAACCAACAAGCUGACUUUUUGGCAAGGGUGACGACCAUGAUCACUCUACCUUCUCGUCGAAAUCAAAUUUCAAUAUGUCAAAAUUGA